AUGUGGAAUAUUGAAGUUUACUCUAACGACGUCAACAGGAUUGGAGCGAACAGCGAAGGUGUCGCGUCCGGCAGGUGUCCUGUGGAACAGCAGCACAGACCCGGUCGUCUUCUUGCUACUGCUGAAAGACAACUGAAGAGCUUGGCAUGGUCAAAGGAGGACAACAAACGACUGUUUAAGUGUUACAUCAGGGGUGAAACAGAGAAGAGAGGUUACAGAAAGAGACUGUUGGACCUGUGGAAAACUCAUAACACCAACAAUGAGUUAACAGAAGUCACUGAGCAUAGGCUUGCAGACCAGGUACGCCAGAUUAAGCAUAAGACGUGGCUGGAGACUGUGGAACAAGAGGAGAUAACGCUGAGGGUAAAUAAUAAACACCAGUCGAAUGAAACUAUGGAACCUAAUACCACAGAUACACUACACCACGCAGCAAUAACACCUGAUAUCCAAGAAGAACGCCAAAGUGUAUAUAGUAAGGCAGCUGAAGAGGAACCCGGUGGUUCCCCGGCUGAAGAACCACAAGAUAAGGUCAACCCAGAACUCGAUGUCCUCCGCGGUAGGAUUCAGGAACUGAUGCAGUCCGAUAAAAGAGUAUACCAUCACUGAGUUCAUGCGACAGGGCUGAAGUAGAAAGCAGAAGUUGGAAAGGUCAAUAAAGCCAUAGAAAGGAUUCGGACGCACAACAUAACUGAACUGAAUUCGCUACUGUAUGCAGCUGCAUGUGUAACGACAGAGAGAAUGGAAAUGCUGAAAGAGAGGAGAGGGAAAAGAACUAAAGAGACUCUUUGGAAGAGAAGAAUCAAAGGAAAAUUGAAACUUAGAGAAAAGAUCUUCGUAAGAUUGGGGAAGUCCGAAGAGGAUAUAUAGACUUUAAAACAAAGAGAGAGGGAAAGGCUGAACAGAAAAUAUCGUCUCCAGGAAAAGGGCACUACGUAUGUUUCAGCGGUACUGCAGUGAAACAAAAAAAUAAGGCAGGUUCAAUUAAAAUCAAAAGAUAUGACAAGAGAUGCCAACAGUUCAAACAGAAUCAACUGUUUCGAACUAACCAGAAGUUGUUUUAUGAAACGGUAGAUGGAAAAGAACGAGGUGAAACAGAGUUACCCGAACCCACGGAAGCUACCACCUUCUGA